UUUGGAGAUGGAAGUGUUGUUGAUAGAUUGGCAUAGCUUUGUGUUGUCACCCCAUGGAUACUGAAGCUAAGGAUCCAGCCACAGUUAGAUUACAUUCGCACGUUGAGAUGGGGUCGAUGGAGCUCAAGUCGAUAUUGGGAUACGAUGAUCAGGGCUUAGUUGCUGCUCCUGAGAAAAAGGAUGAGUCUCCCCUCAAGACUCUAUAUUCUAGUGGUUCAGGAAGCUUUGAGCCUCCACUCAAAGCUCUAUAUUCUAGUGGUUCAGGAACCUUUGAGCCUAACCUCAAAGCUCUAUAUACUAGUGGUUCAGGAAGCUAUUAUCGCAGGGUCAUGAAGAAUACUGUGGUUAAUAGCAUCAGAACUGUAGUUUUCUCCUCAAGACUUAACUUGCUCAUGCCUUUUGGCCCAUUAGCAAUCGUAGUUGAUAAAGUGACUAGCCAUCAUGGCUGGGUCUUCCUUCUAAGCUUGUUGGGCAUCAUACCUUUGGCGGAGCGGUUAGGAUAUGCUACAGAGCAGCUGGCCUGCUACACAGGACCUACAGUUGGAGGCCUUCUAAAUGCCACUUUUGGAAAUGCCACAGAAUUGAUUAUCUCAAUAUAUGCUCUAAGAAAUGGCAUGAUUCGCGUUGUUCAACAGUCUUUACUGGGCUCAAUCCUGUCAAACAUGUUGCUUGUACUUGGAUGUGCAUUCUUUGCUGGUGGACUUGUGUUUUCUACGAGGCCACAAGUGUUCAACAAGCCAACUGCUGCUGUGAACUCUGGAUUGCUGUUGAUGGCAGUCAUGGGUCUUCUCUUUCCAGCUUUACUUCACAGUACUCACACAGAGUUGCACUUUGGGAAGUCUGAACUAGCCCUUUCAAGGUUUACUAGCUGCAUUAUGCUUGUGGCAUACGCUUCGUAUCUGUUUUUUCAGCUGAAGAGCCAGCGGAGUCUAUAUGUCCCAGUUGAUGAGCAGGGGGAGGAGAUUCACAGUGACGCCAGUGAUGAUGACAAUGAGGUUCCUGAAAUCACUAAAUGUGAAUCCAUAAUUUGGCUCACUAUUCUAACUGCAUGGAUUUCAGUCCUAUCAGAAUAUUUAGUUAAUGCGAUAGAGGGUGCGUCUAUUGCAAUGAAUAUUCCCGUCGCAUUUAUCAGUGUUAUUUUGCUCCCAAUAGUUGGGAAUGCAGCAGAGCAUGCAGGUGCUGUUAUGUUUGCCAUGAAAGACAAGCUUGAUAUAACUUUGGGAGUGGCCAUAGGCUCGUCAACGCAGAUAUCUAUGUUUGGAAUUCCCUUUUGUGUGAUGGUUGGGUGGUCAAUGGGGGUCUCUAUGGACUUGAAUUUCCAACUGUUUGAGACAGCUGUUCUUUUCAUAACUGUUCUGGUGGUAGCUUUCAUGCUACAGGAGGGAACUUCUAACUACUUCAAAGGACUAAUGCUCAUUCUUUGCUACAUUAUUGUUGCUGGAAGUUUCUUUGUACAUAUAGACCCUACUGCAAUCCAGGACAAGCCCCCUGAGACAGAUGACUAAAUGAAUCGAUUACUAUUACUCAAAGUCAAUGGCAUGUACUGUAGCAGUGGUUUUGUCAGUAGCCUCUUGAAACCUCGGCGAUCAAGAGUAGGUGAAGUUUAGAAGAUUUAGCAUCAUAUGGAUACCGGAUAGCUUUACAAGUUGAAAUAUCUACCAUGGUGCCAGGAAAUGGUGUUGCUCUUUUCUCACUUUAACUAGGCAGCCAGUGGAAAUGCAGUUCUGUCCCAUGCCACAUUGGAGCUGAGAAAACAUAGCUGGGUAUAGGAUAUAGUUCCAAUGCUUGUU